UUCCGACUCUGAGCCUGCUCGCUGCCAGUCCCUCUUUUAAUGUGUAGUAAAACGAGCUGUACGCCCCACACAGAUUGAUACUACACUGAAAAAUACUUACUAACUCUAACACGGUAAUCUUUGGCCCAGAGCAGUGCUGGGCUGAUGUUGUUUGCAGCCGGUCGCUGAUCUAGACAGAAACCCCCAAUUAAUCUCAUCGGAGUCCUGUUGCUCUUGAUGUGAUGCAUUCACUCGCCCAGGAGAUCCAGGGCUUCUCCAAGGACCGUUUGAAGAAACAGUGCACGCGUGUGACCACCGUGACCGGCAGAAAGCUGCUGGAGAGACGGAGGGAUGGAGGACAGGACGGAGAGACAGAGGAGGUCGAGGAGAUAGAGGAGGGGGCAGGAUGUGGCUUUGUUGAAGACCAGAGCCUGGACCUGCAAGUUGGCAUUGUUAGACCAUUUUACUACUGGAGCUCUCAGGACGCGGCUCACGACAUUGAGACCCUGCAGAGAUGUAAGGUGUCUCAUGUGCUGAAUGUGGCCUAUGGAGUUGCCAAUCUGUUCCCGGAUCAGCUGGUUUAUAAGACGCUCAACAUCCUGGACCUUCCAGACACUGACAUCACUUCCUACCUUGGGGACUGCAGCUCUUUUAUAGACCAGGCCCGAGAGCAGAGUGGCGUGGUGCUGGUCCACUGUAACGCCGGUGUGUCACGAUCAUCCUCCGUUGUGAUUGGCUACCUGAUGUUGCGGGAGGGGCUUUCAUUCAGUGAUGCGUACCAGCAGGUGAAACAGGCAAGGCCCUCAGUUUGCCCCAAUCCUGGUUUCUUCCAGCAGCUACAGAACUACAAACCAUAAAGAACUGCAAAUCCCUGCUCCAACCUCUGCUGUACCAGUAAUUGCAUUAAAAAAAAAAAAAAAAAAAAAAAAAAAAACCUCCAGGCACUGAUUAAACCCCUAAAAAUAAAAUAUAAAAUCUCUAUUCAUCUAUAUGACAUAUGUAGAUUUUUUUAAAAUGAAAAGGCAUCCCUGCAAGCUUGAAAAUGGCUUAAAUAUAGCUCUAUACUUUGCCUUCAUUUAGUAUGAACAGAUCUAUCAAUAUGCCGACUGUCUAGUAACUUGUAUUGUAUUUGAUUAUCUAUCUUAGUAGCACUAGUAUUGCUUGUGCCAAGCAGCCAUUUCGAGUUAGUCUUGUUCAUUUUUUUGAAAAUAAAACACUCAGUGGCCGCUGAGGCUGGUGCUAACGGUAUGAAAAGCACCACAGCUCCUUCGGUUACUGACGUCGUAAACCUU